AGAAAUCAACUGGGAAUUCGGGAGGCUGAACUUCCGUCUCUGAUUGGCUACUGAAUACGGAAGAGGGCGGGGCUACGUAAAAAAGCCUUACCAUAACAAGACUAGCGCAUGAGCUGACAUGAGCCCGACGAGAGUUUGACAGAGGAAAAAAGCAAGAGCUGAACAGCUGAGAGUGAAGACGAAUGGCUCGACUAAGACGAGCUUGAACCGACUGCAGUUUCACAGCUGGGGCGUCAGUCAGUUUUGGUUGACAAUGGACCCCAACAAGACCAACAUGACCUCUCACCUCUCAGGCAGCCACUCCUGUGAAACCCAGAAACUGGCCCCACCCAAAGGACAGACUUGCAGCUGGCUGGUGGUGCUCGCAGCUGUGACGGCCUCUCUGAGCGGCCUGAUGCUGGGAUACGAGAUGGGCCUGACCUCCGGGGUCCUGCUGCAGCUGCGGGGCGUCCUCUCGCUCUCCUGUAGGGAGCAGGAACUGCUGGUGAGCUCCCACCUGCUCGGAGCGCUCCUCGUCUGCCUGGCCGGAGGCCCCGUUCUGGACCGCUACGGCCGCCGCUGCUCUCUGCUCCUGAGCGCGGGGCUGGUGGUGGGAGGGACCGUCGUUCUCGUGGCUUUGACCACGCUGGCGUCGCUCGCGCUGGGACGCAUGAUCGUCGGCAUGGGCACCUCUUUGUCGGGGACGGCGGCGUGUCUGUACAUCGCCGAGAUCUCGCCGCGGGAGAGGAGGGGUCUCCUGGUCACGCUGUACGAGCUGAUGUUAGUCGUGGGGGUGAUGCUGGGGUUCGGCUGCAGCUACGCCUUUGCCGCGCUGCCUCACGGCUGGGCGUACGCCUUCGGACUCGUGAUCCCCCCCGCGCUGCUCCAGAUGGGCGCGCUCGUCUUCCUGCCGCCGAGCCCGCGCUUCCUUGUCGCUCAGGGCAAAGUGGAGCGGGCGAGGGACGUGCUGGCAAAGAUGAGAGGCGUAGCUAAGGAGCAAGUGGCGGAGGAGCUGCGGGACAUCCAGGCUGGACUGAAAGAAGAAUCGGAGCAUAGUUUCUGGGAGCUCUUCAGCAGCAGAGCCAACCUGCGUUCCCGGCUGCUCACCGGCGUGGCGUUGGUCUUCCUCCAGCAGGUGACGGGCCAGCCCAACAUCCUCUCCUACGCGUCGCCCCUCCUUCGCAGCGUGGGCUUCGACAGCGACGCCGCGGCCACCCUGGCCUCCACGGGCUUCGGAGUGGUAAAAGUAGUCGGUACCAUCCCCGCCGUGUUGCUGGUCGACCGCGUGGGAACCAAGAGCUUCCUGUGCGUGGGAGCCGUCGCGAUGGUGACGUCGCUGGCCGCGCUCGGUACGCUGACUCUGCAGAGCCGCACUCACCUCACCAGCCUCUGCAAAAGCCAGGUUACACUGAACCACACAAGCGUGCUGCUGGAUUUUAACAGAACCUCUAUAGACUUGAACAGCAGUGAUGUUUUGACCAGUCCCCCCAGUCAGUGGAGCCCCGAGGAGGUGCUGAGGACUGAUGCUGAGGGGUUUGGGCAACCAGGAGGAAGGACUCGUGUUGAAGUUUCUUCUUCACUAAAGUGGGCGUCACUGAUCAGCCUGCUGCUCUAUGUGGCAGCCUUCUCCAUUAGCCUGGGGCCAAUGGUGUACGUCAUCCUCAGUGAGAUCUUUCCCAUGGGACUGCGGGGCAGAGCUGUGUCCGUGGUGUCGGCUGUGAACUGGGCCACAAACCUGCUUAUUUCUAUGACUUUCCUCACCAUCACAGAAAAGAUUGGUGUUCCUAACGUGAUGUUCCUGUACGCCGCCCUGAGUUUUGUUCUGCUGGUGUUCGUCAUCCUCUGCGUCCCUGAGACCAAAGGCCGCACGCUGGAGGAGAUCUCAAAACAGUUGGCAAAGAAGAAGAACAUGGAGGCGAACAUCUUUAGGCCGGCGCAGCCACAGCAGAGCCUGAUCAACAGGAGUGCAGAACAGGAAACAACUGAGCCUUUUAAAGCCGUUCACCUGCUGUAACCUGAGAGUGAAGAAAAAUAGUUUUUACAUCCCUGCAGUGGUAGCUGGAUUUCAUUAUUUAGCUCCUUUUUUUUUAUAAAACACCUGAGCAGGGAUAAUGGAAAUUACACACCUAGAAGAGAACUGUCUUUGAGAAUUUUCUUAAAUCAAUUUAGCUCAGGGUUUACGUAGUGUUUUUUUUUUUUUUUUUUUUUGGUCAAAACACAAAA